AGUACCUGUCCAAUUGGCAAAACUUCAACAUUGACAGCAGAUGGUUUGGAAAAUAGAAAAAAAACCGCACACAAAACACUGCCACAAGCGGAUAUGUGUUACUCCAGAAGGAAGUACACAUUCUACCGGUAAAAGAGACAUAAAAUGCUGCAACGAUGAAAAUAUGCAUGGCGUCGGACUUCUUUUACCCGAACAUGGGUGGAGUGGAGGAGCACAUCUUCAACCUGUCGCAGUGUUUGCUGGCCCGCGGCCACAACGUAAUCGUCAUCACGCACUCGUACGGCGACCGGAAGGGCAUCCGGUACAUGACGAACGGGCUGAAGGUGUACUACGUCCCGAUCAAGGUGUUCUACAAUCAGGUCGUGCUGCCCACCAUGAUCUGCAACAUUCCACUGCUGCGGUACAUACUGCUCCGGGAGCAGAUUGACAUCGUGCACGGCCACUCGGCGUUCAGUACGCUGGCGCACGAAACCAUGAACGUGGCCCAGCUGCUCGGCUUGAGGUCAGUGUUUACGGAUCACAGUUUGUUCGGGUUUGCCGACCUGUCGGCGGUGGUUACAAACAAGUUUUUGGAAAUUUCGCUCGCUAACUGUAACCACUGCGUAUGCGUGUCCCACACGGGUAAAGAAAAUACGGUCCUUCGGGCGAAGGUGCACCAGGACAAGGUGUCGGUGAUACCGAACGCGGUCGAUACGGCUUACUUUACACCGAAUCCCUGCCGACGACCGAACGACGAUGAAACAAUUAAUAUCGUGGUCGUCUCGCGGCUGGUGUACCGGAAAGGCGUCGACCUGCUGGCGGGCAUACUGCCAAAGCUGAAACACCUGCCGCACGUGCACUUCAUCAUCGGUGGCGAUGGGCCGAAACGUGCCCUACUGGAGGAAAUACGCGAACGCAACAACAUGCAGGACCGGGUGGUAAUGCUCGGCGCGCUGGAGCACGCGAAGGUGCGGGACGUGCUGGUCCAGGGCCACAUUUUCCUCAACACCUCCCUCACGGAAGCGUACUGCAUGGCGAUCGUGGAGGCGGCCGCCUGCGGUCUGCAGGUCGUUUCGACCAAGGUGGGCGGCAUUCCCGAGGUCCUUCCGGCCAGCCUUAUCAUCCUCACCGAACCGACCGUCGAUUCGGUGUACCGGGGGUUGCGCGAGGCUAUAAGGCGCGAGAUGGAGAAGAAGCAAAUCACCAGCGCCCGGUACGCGAACGGUUCGAUCGAUGCGCUUGCCCCGACACCGUCCGAAACGUCGUACGCCGGGCUGUGCGCCUUCGAGCGCAACCAAAUCGUCGCCAACCUGUACAACUGGAACAAUGUGACUGAGCGGACGGAAAAGGUGUACCGAACGGCGCUCCGGGAAGCGCCCGCCACGCUCGAGUCGAUGAUGAAAAACGUGCUGAAAAGUGGCGUGUGGCCCUUCGUGCUAGUCAUUGCCCUGUGCCAUCUUAUACUGCGCUUUCUCGACUGGUUUGUGCCGCGCAAGCACAUCGACCUGUGCCAUUCCGAGAAUCCGUUCCUCAGCCCGGACUGCAAGCGCCACCAGCGACGGUCGUCGGAUGAUAAUGCGGCCCUCAUCACGGCGGUACGGCGGAAAAGGGAAAAAUUUUCCUGACGGCAAGCGGCCCUUUGCUCGGUGGACGAAUGAGCUGCUGCCGCAAAGGGCUGCAUCCAAUUGCGUUUUACGCGCACAACUCCCUUGUGGCACUGCGAGAACUUCUGAGUAUUUGAUAAGACUCCGUUUCGUCUUCGUUGUUUGCGUCUGCAAUCUUGUUUUAAGAUGCUUUUUUGUGCGUGUGCUUGUAUACUGCUAGCCAAUUCGAUGAGACUAUUUUUUGGUAUAACAUUAGAUGGGAAAUAUACAUCAAUUAUUGAUUAUAAGUAAGAGUAAA